AUCGAUGACGUCACGGUAUGCCUUCAUUUUCGGUAGCGUGAGCAGAACAGCAAUACCUCUCUAGCGCUACCACGCAUGGAGGUCGUACUGGGAGUUUCUGCUCCCUUUUCUUCCAUCAUGUUUAUUAUUUCUCUGGAAAUCGUCAAGGCAGGAAGCACGGAGUCUGGCGGAAGCCAUUCGUUCGCCCGAAAUUUUCACUCGCUUUUCCAACCGAACCAAACCGGAAUCUGUGGCUAGCAUAGUGGCAAAACAAUAGGAUACCAGCACGUUAAGAGCAUCACGUUCAUUGUUUAAUAGUGGUUGCCGCAACAGCCGUGUCGAGAAAAGUACUACCUCUCACGCCCCCUUUCCCCAUUGCAUCAAGCUAACAAUAAUAAUCCACUUUGCCAAAGAUCGAUUUACCCCCUGCCAUCGUAUCAAGAUAGAAUCGCGCCUCCAGCAACAUUUGUCGCGUGUUUUCCUUUCCAAAAGUGCGUGUUAUAUGUGUACGCGUGUGUGUGUUUGUGAAUGCGUGUGACUGUGCCUGUCUGCAAUAGUGUUUAGUGACGAUUAUCAGGAUAUACCCUCACGCAAGAAGUUGUUCCGGAAAAGAAGUCUUGCUUGUGCUUUUUCUUUUGGCUCACCGCAAAAAAAGGGUGAGAUAGUUUUUCCACUGCGCAGUGCUUUCGUUUCGUUCUCACGGCUCACCGUUCUCACUUGGCGUACUGUCAUCAACAUCCUCCGUUCGGGCGCGAGACACAAAGCAGGCGUGUGUCGCGCGUGUACCGCAAAACACCCCAAAAAAAAGUAGCAAGUGCGAACACCCCCGCAUACGCACACGUACCGUUGCGAAGGCGCAAGGAUACCCGUAAAGGACGCUUGAAUGUUUGACACAAUGAUGCAGCAAGCCGUAUCGAUCAAAGCAGAACCGGACUGGAGUGACCUUUUGGUACCGGAACCGGAUAAUCGCGCGCAAUACGCACUCGAGAACGUUAUUCGCCAGCAGCAGCAACAACAACUGUUGCAACAGCAGCAGCAACAACAGCAGCAGCAGCAACAGCAACAGCAACAACAGCAUCAUCAACAACAGCAACAGCAGCAGCAGCAGCAACAACAACAGCAAUAUCAUUUGCGUAACGGCGGAGGUGGAGGAAAUCUGACGCAAAAUGCGAAUAACCCGGCCGCGAUCGUAAACGGAGCUGCGGCCGGAUCCAGUGCUAGCCAACAAUCGGGAGGUGCUGCCAGUGAAGACAACGAACCGCUGGACAUCAUCGAAGCAAUCGGUGAUUCGGACGACAACGAUUUUGCUGAAGCGGAAUCGCUGACACUGCAGCAAUAUAAGAAAGAUGAAAAACUAUGCGAUUACUACCGCCGGAUGCCGGUGCUGUACGACAAAAGUCACCCGCACUACAAGUUCCAGUCGAAGAAGGAGAAGGCCUGGCGCGAGCUGAGCCGACUGUGCGAGAUGGACGUGGAACAGUGCAAGAAGCGCAUGACCUACUUCCGGUGCCGGUUCACGGUCGAGCGGCGCAUCAUGAAGAACGGCGUCAACUGCAGCGAGUGGCCACUGCUCGAGAAGCUCAAGUUUCUCAACAAACACAUCAAAAUCCGGAGACCCCGUGCGCCGAACGGCGAACCGGACGAUACCGAUGACGAGACAAACCCAAUGAACAUACUGCGGAAGCGGCAGCGUGAACAGCAAGAGGAUGUAAAGGACGAUCUGCACGCCUAUCUCGACCUCCAGCAGAUGGCAGUAGCGGCCCAAAAUUCCCAAGCUCAACUACACUACCAGCAGCACCUGAAGCUGCAAGGCCAUGGCCCGUUCGGUGCACCGCCCGGUGCCGGUUUCCCGUCCGCGCACGAUCCCAUGUCCCUGCAUCAUCUGCAGCCACCGCACCCGCAUCAGCGUGACCAUCAGUUGCCGCCACCGCACAGUAAUCAGCCGGGCGGUGGCGGUUCCUCGCAAUCGGGAGGACCACCCGGCCAGCAGCAGGUGCCUCACUCGACGCCACUCGGCGCCAGCCAUCACCAUCAUCAUCCGUUCGGGCGAAGCGGCAUGCCGGGUUCGGCCAGCGGUGGUCACCAUCAGCAUCACCAUGCACAUGGACCGGGCGGUGCGUCCGGUAGUGCAGCGGCAGCCGCUUUACAGCACGGUGCGGGUGGGGGUACCGGUUCCGGUCAUCCCCAUCACCACCAGCAACCGACACCAGUGGAGUCGCCUAUCCCGGCCGCCAUGUCCAAUGUGGAGGUGUCGUACGGUUUGCCGAAACGGGCCCGCGUCAGUUACGACGGUGACGAGGCUUCGCUGUCCAACUUUAACCUCAACCGCACGGUCAAGUACCAGAACAAUCUGGAACAUCAGGCCCACCUGGACGAGCACGGUGCGUACGGGUUGUACGUGGGCGAAGUAUUGCGCAAGCUGCCCGAACGAAUAUCCUCGCUAACCUCACUGAAGAUCAUGCAGCUGCUGUACGAGGCCCAGGUGCAAUCAUUCGAUGCCGCACCACCUGCCACUCCGAAACCCACCUCCCAGUCGAAGGUUGGCAAUGGCGAACAGCAGAGCAAUGGUACGACGGGUGGCGGUGGUGGCGGCGGUGGAGCUGGAGCGGCCACUUCUUCCUCCGGCAGCCUUCCGAACGGUGGUGGCACCACUAGCGUCGCCUCGUCCGAGGGUGGCCGCCAGUCGACGGAAAGCGCAGAAUCAAUGAGCAACAAGGACUAGGCCAUAGCCCUCCCGUCCACUGCCGCUUGCCCACCACCUACCCCGACGUCGGCGUCCCUGGUGCACUGGUGGUAGUGAACGUAGAUCGGCCCCAUUCUCUACCCUGUCAUGGGCUUUCCCAUGGUGCGUGGAAGAAACAGUAAAGGAACAUUGUUUGCCGAUGUUCCAGAUUAGAGACAACGCGCGCUCAUGCGCCCGCAGCUAUUAUUUCCGUCAUCAUCAACGUCAUCCAGCUUCACGUCCGUUCCUCAUCGAACGCUUCCCCCCACUCCACCAUCACCCACUACUUGUAAUGAUAAUGUAGCUAAAAUAUUACUAGGCAGAGUUUAGUUUCGUUUUGUGUAGUUUUAAUUGUACUUUCUAAAGUAAAGUUUACUUUUUAUCAGCGGGACGACUCGAGGCGGCCCGUCUAGAUCCAAAUGGGCACACGGGUGGACGUAUCGUUCAAAUUGUGCUAGCCAUCUUCAUUGAUCCAGUCAUUGCAUAAAUGUCCUAUGUCCUGUCCCGGUCGAUCGGUUUCGGUGCUGAGGAAGCACUUAAGAAGCUGCACUCGGAUUUUUUUUUGGUAGAACAACAAAUCUUUAAUUCCGCGAGUAUGAUGGCCGAGUAAGUACAGCUAGCGCUCGCUAGAUGUCGCCACAUGGUUAUUAUUUGUUGUUGCAUUUUAUGUUGAGGUUCGUGCAACUGGAUUUUAGCGUGUAAUACCUUAUGGACGAUCAGAUUUAGAAGCGCUCGAAGUGCUUUUCCCAAAAAAGAAUGAUGAACAAAUUAUUGAACUUUUAAGCUUCUCCCUUUUGUGGGAGCGUAUCUUGUUUCACCUUCCCGUUCGAAUGUUUCUAGCAGCGAGGUGGAUGUGUGCAAAGCCGUCUAAACAGUAGUUUCCAGCUUGUAUGCAUGCGCCUACGACGCCUCAACUGUUUUGCCGGUUACCCCGUAAAAACGAUCGCACAAGCAGUGGACGCGGUGGACUUUGCGGGUUUGCAUGUGUGUAUAACUUCGAGCGAUAUAUAUAAAUAUGAAUAUAAACCAAGAAACCAAUCAUACCUUUUCUGUCCCUAGGUUUAGCGAACGAGUAAUGUGCGUGACGCUUGCCGGAACAAGCCACCCAAGACAGGAGCGAUGCGCUCCGACUUGGAUACAAUAAGUGUACUCAUAGUGUAAUACUGUAGAAACUUGUGUACUCUUCUUAAAGAAGGAAUCCUUCUUCGCUGAUGCCUCAUAGGAAGAGUGUACCAGCUGGAUAUAACCAGAAUAAUCGUUCCGAAAUUUGCCUAGACGCUUACAGAGAGCGCCAGCUGAGGCUCCAUCAAUUAAGAUUGAAGCCCUCAGUACAUUGUAGUUUUUCUCCGAACUCUGUUCGGAUGACAUCGCCUUUGGUAUAAAGGUUGCGGUGACAGCUGCGCUGUCCUCGCAGUCAACCGUCUUUCCUGCAGAAGAACGUGCGUGGAAUGCAGCAUCAGGGCUCGGUUCUGCAACGGGAUGCUUUGCACGUACAGUACGUGGACGAUUUUGCUUAGAACGAUACAUUGGUUUUGUUUGACUACUAAUCCAAGCACCGAUUUAUAAGUAAACUGUACGCAUUUGUAUUCGACCACGACAAAUCUCACUUAUCGUAUCCAAGCCGGAGCGAAUCGCUCCUGUCCUGGGGGGCUUGUUUCGGACAAGCAUCUCCUUUUAUUAAAGUUUUCAGUUCUUGUAUACUAAUUUUCUGACUUCUGAAAAAUGACUUAAGCCUAAAUUCCUAUCCCUAUCGUGGGAACGGCGCGAAUCGCCGAUCACCAGUAGCUUCCUGUUACACUUUGCACGCAUUUCGUUCACCCGCAGGUUUGCAAGGUGUUCCUAUUACGGUUCCACGACGGCGUACGCUCGCUCGGCGACAGUAUGUUUCAAGGCAAAAACUGUAAGCAUUAUAAUAACUCGAAACUAUGGAAGCAGCAUGUGUGUUUGUAGCGCCGAGAAAGCGAAAGUUCGGUAAUGUAAUGUGGUAUAGUUGGUAUGAAAGGUGUGAAGACGAAGUGGUACGGUAGACUCAGCAGAAGGAAACCGUGUGAAGAGGCAAAACAAAUAGAUGAAACAAAGAACAACACUAAACAGUAAACGUAAUACAAUAAAUGUUUCAAAACAUCAUAUAAAGUA